GCGCUGUACGUCCAAGAUGGCGGCGCCCUGUAGGCUGGAGGAGCUGUGAGAGGUAAACAGCCGAGGGGGAGGAGGCGGUGGGUGAGUAUAAGGGUGUCGCUCUUCUCCUUCUCACGGGGGAUCCAGGGGGUGGUCCGAGCUCUGGAGGGCUUGUCCGGAAGGGUCCUGGCAAGAGGAGGGGACCCUGGUGCUGGACGUUUGGGAAGAGGGGAGCUUUGUGAACGGCCCCCUCCCUCUUUUCUCUCCCCUUCUCUUUCCUCUCUUUUGGGGGCCGGGCCCCGCGGGGACUGGCAGCUACCUAGGAAGAGGGGGGCGGACCCCCUGGAUUGCUCCUCGAACCGAGCCUGGCCGCAGGCACCCUAACCCCCCAGGCCUCUAUGCCGAGGGGAGCCCAGAAAUGAUGGGCCCCUCCUCCCUGCGCCUUCUCCUCUCCCUCACUUUCUGGGGUGACCGUGUCCCCGGGGGUGAGAAAUGCUCACAGUUUCUCCUAGGAGAUCAGGACUCUUGACUCUUUAGAGGGUGGUGAGGGAAAAGGGCCGGGAAUCCUAUUGGAAGGGUCGAAGAGAGAAUGAAUGAAGGGGAGGCUAAGUGUCCUGUUGCACUUACUUCAGCCUCAUUUUCUCUUUCUCUCCCUGCCCUGCCUCGGUUGAGAUUUAUCUUAAUUGAGUGCUUUACACUUUGGGAGCUUCAGCGAAUUCACAGGGUUUAAAGCUGGAAGAGACCUUAGACAUCGUCUAGUCAAAUCUCCUCAUUUGUCAAAUGAGGAAACUGAGGCCUGAGAGGACAAGUGGUUUUCCCGUUAAUUGAUGAUGACGUUAAGUCUGGUAGAGGCACAAAUGAAGAACCUGUGGAAAUUUUAAUGUGUGUACCAAAACUAGCAUGAGCACAUAGAUAUAAGAUAAUGGCACAGCAAGCAAAUAUUGGUGAACUCCUCUCCAUGCUGGAUUCCUCGGCUCUGGGUGUGUUAGAUGACAUAACAACUGUCUUUAAAGAGAACCUCAAUUCUGACCGUGGUCCUAUGCUUGUAAACACAUUGGUGGAUUAUUAUCUGGAAAGCAAUUCUCAACAGGUGUUACGUAUCCUGACUACAUUGCAAGAGCCUCAUGAUAAGCACCUCAUGGACAAAAUUAAUGAAUAUGUGGGCAAAGCUGCUACUCGUUUACCCGUCCUCUCCUUACUGGGGCAUGUCAUAAGACUACAACCCCCAUGGAAGCAUAAGCUGUCUCAAGCGCCUCUCUUGCCUUCUUUGCUUAAGUGUCUCAAGACUGAUACAGAUGUAGUAAUACUCACAACAGGAGUUUUAGUCUUAAUAACCAUGCUACCAAUGAUUCCGCAGUCAGGCAAACAAUUUCUUCAUGACUUCUUUGAUAUUUUUGGCCGUCUUUCAUCAUGGUGCCUGAAGAACCCAGGUCAUGUGACAGAAAUUUAUCUCGUCCAUCUUCAUGCCAGUGUUUAUGCUCUCUUUCAUCGCCUUUAUGGAAUGUACCCUUGCAACUUUGUCUCCUUUCUACGUUCUCACUACAGUAUGAAGGAAAAUUUGGAGACCUUUGAAGAAGUGGUAAAGCCAAUGAUGGAACAUGUUCGAAUUCAUCCAGAAUUAGUGACUGGAUCCAAGGACCAUGAACUGGACCCACGCAGGUGGAAGAGAUUAGAAACUCAUGAUGUUGUAAUAGAAUGUGCCAAAAUUUCUUUGGACCCUACCGAAGCCUCAUAUGAAGAUGGCUAUUCUGUGUCUCAGCAGAUCUCAACACGCUUUCAUCAUCGUCCAACUGAUGCCACCGUCAGCCCUUAUGUUGACACACAGAAUAGCUAUGGGAGUGCUACUUCUACCCCUUAUUCCACUCCUCGGCUGGCGUUGUUAAGCACGCCAGGGCAGCUACCUCAGGUUCUGAGUUCCUCAACACGGCUGUCAGCUGAGCCGUCACAAGCUACUAUGUGGAGCCCCUCUGCAGUCUGUGGUAUGACCACUCCUCCAACCUCACCUGGAAAUGUCCCACCUGAGUUAUCACACCCCUUUAGCAAAGUCUUUGGUACAUCUGGUGGGAAAGGAACUCCUUUGGGAACACCAGCAACCUCCCCUCCUCCUCCCUGCCAUUCAGAUGACUACGUGCACAUUUCACCCCCUCAGGCUAUAGUCAUGCCCCCCAAGAAGGAGGACAGACCAUGUCUACACAGACAGCAACAUCUUUCUAAUGAUAGAGGAUUAGAAGAAACAUCUGACAAUAAAGGUUCUGUCCCUUUAAGUGAUCUUCCAGGGUUUUUAGGUGAUUUAGCCUCUGAAGAAGAUAGUGUUGAGAAAGAUAAGGAAGAAGCUGCAAUAUCAAAGGAACUUUCUGAGAUCACUACAGCAGACACUGAGCCUGUGGUACCUCGAGGAGGAUUUGACUCUCCUUUCUAUCGAGACAGUCUCCCAUGUUCUCAGAGGAAGUCCCAUUCAACAUCUUCUAACACUCAAGGGCCCAGUGUGAGUGCUUCCUCUUUGGACAAGCUUGGGCCUGACACACCAAAGCAAGCCUUUACUCCCAUAGAUCGGCCCUGUGGGUGUGCCGAUGAAAGCCCUGCUGGUAACAGGGAAAACCAGACUUCAUUGGACACAAACAUCCUCACACCUAGCCCUUGUAAAAUUCCGUCUCAGAGAAAAGUAGGGUUUGGAAGUGGACAGCCUUCCCCAUAUGAUCACCUCUUUGAGAUGGCACUGCCAAAGACUGCUUACCAUUUUGUCAGCAAGAAAACUGAAGAGCUUUUAAAGAAAAUAAAAGGAAACACAGAGGAAGAUUAUAUGCCUUCUACUUCCCCAGUGGAAGUACUGGAUAGGCUGAUACAGCAGGGAGCAGAUGCACAUACCAAGGAACUGAACAAGUUGUCUUUGCCCAGUAAGUCUGUCGAUUGGACCCACUUUGGAGGCUCUCCACCCUCAGAUGAGAUUCACACCCUUCGGAACCAAUUGCUAUUACUGCACAACCAGUUACUCUAUGAGCGUUUUAAAAGGCAGCAGCAUGCUCUCCGGAACAGACGGCUCCUACGGAAGGUGAUCAAAGCCACAGCUCUGGAGGAACACAAUGCUGCUAUGAAAGAUCAAUUAAAAUUACAAGAGAAGGACAUCCAGAUGUGGAAGAUUAGCUUGCAGAAAGAACAGGCCAGAUACAAUCAGCUUCAAGAGGAACGUGACACUGUGGUGACCCAGCUCCACAGCCAGAUCAGACAGCUGCAACAUGACCGGGAAGAAUUCUAUAAUCAGAGCCAGGAAUUACAGACAAAGCUGGAAGACUGCCGGAAUAUGAUUGCAGAUCUGAGGUUAGAAUUAAAGAAGGCCAAUAAUAAGGUGUGUCACAGAGAGUUGCUGCUCAGCCAAGUUUCUCAAAAGCUUUCAAACAGUGAGUCAGUCCAGCAGCAGAUGGAGUUCUUGAACAGGCAGCUGUUAGUUCUUGGGGAGGUCAAUGAGCUGUAUUUGGAACAAUUGCAGAACAAGCACGCAGACACUACACAGGAAGUGGAAAUGAUGAAGACUUCUUAUCGGAAAGAACUAGAGAAAAAUAGAAGCCAUCUCCUCCAGCAGAACCAGCGGCUUGAUACCUCCCAAAAACGGAUUGUGGAACUAGAAUCUCAUCUGGCUAAAAAAGACCAUCUUCUGUUGGAACAGAAGAAAUACCUGGAGGAUGUCAAACUUCAGGCUAGAGGACAGCUACAGGCAGUAGAGAGCAGGUAUGAAGCUCAGAAAAGAAUUACCCAGGCAUUUGAAUUAGAAAUCUUAGAUUUAUAUGGCAGACUGGAGAAGGAUGGCCUCCUGAAAAAACUUGAAGAAAAGACAGAAGCAGCUGAGGCAGCUGAGGAAAGGUUUGACUGUUGUAAUGAAGGUUGCCCUGAUUCCCUGGUAGGGCACAACGAAGAGGCCACUGGCCGAAAUGGUGAGACUAAGACUCCCAAGUCUGGUAGCAGCCGAGGCAGUAGUGGCAGCAGAGGAGGUGGAGGAAGUAGUAGCAGCAGCAGUGAGCUUUCUACCCCCGAGAAGCCCCCAAACCAGAGGGUAGGGCUGUUCAGCAGUCGGUGGGAAACAACAAUGUUAGAACCUUCCACCAGCAUCCCUGUGACUGUUGGCUCACUUCCCAGUUCAAAGAGCUUCCUGGCCAUAAAGGCUCGAGAGUUGUUUCGUAAUAAAAGUGAGAGCCAGUGCGAUGAGGACGGCUUGACCAACAACAGCCUUUCUGAGACACUAAAGACUGAACUGUACAAAGAUCCCAGCACGGAAGUGAAGGCCCCCUUGGCCCUAGACAACCCUCACCCAUCUCCCAAAAACCAGGAAAGUGUUGGACAGCUUCGUAUCAUGGACUACAAUGAGACUCAGCAUGAACCCAGUUAAAGAAUGAUGGUCAAUCAGUGUUAACUUUCAUAUUCUUGGCAUAGAAUGGGAGGCAUGAAUGCAAGUGUAAAAGCUUUCAUAUUUCCAGGUGUGAGUAUCUAGCUCCUGCCAUGGAAAUAGGACUGAGCUCCUUUUGACAAAAGACUGAAUGCAAAACGGUGUUUGGAUCUAGCAGUGAAAUGCCUCUGACCUUUCUCUUGACUCUUACCUAAACCUUUCCUUUACCUAGCAGUGUGUGCUAACCCAAGGGCCAGUUCACAUAAGUAUCUUUAUUUUCUUCCUCCUUUCCCCAUAUGAUUGCAUCCUAUAAACCUGUGCAAUAUGAGGCCAAAUUUAAUCUUUGAAUCUAACGCACACAACUUUCUGCUUUACUGAAGCUCAAGUAGCUUGCCCAGUUUUCAGUGCAAACCAGUUAAUUUGUAGUGGUACAGGUAAGUUUGGUUUUGUUCCUUUCUAGGAUGCAGUUUACAGAGCCAGUUGCCUUCAAGGGAAGGUUUCUAGAUGUGUAUGGCUUUUUCUCCCUGCUUUCUGGUUCUGAAUGUCGGCACCCAAGUCAGUGAAUCAAAAAAAUAGGGGUGUGUUAUUUACCCUUAUGUUCUUUGGAUGCUCUGAUAAUGCUUCCUAGAAAGUUUGAUGUGAACCCAUUCUUUUGCCAUUUCAAAGAACUGGAGCUGGAGCUGUGAGGUUUGGUGAAGCACCAUCCCUCCUUCCCCUCUACCUCUUAUUUAUUGGUGUUAGCUGAAAAGCUGGUACUCUUCUAACUACAACUGGGGGGGGUGGGGUGCAGGUGAUGAAACCUGAACUCUGGGGAGAGAAAGAAUGGAGACUUUGGAGAUUUACUAAGGAACCUUUAUGGAAAAGUUAAUGUGUCCUCAGGCAAGUCUUGGGCUGGCUGGACCUUUUUCCUUCUGUUUUUCUCCAUUUCUUUUCAUGAUUCCCCCCUUGUUCAUCUCAUUCUCUAAAACUGCACCAGGAAAGAUCAGAAGUUCCAAAGAAAUCUCAAUGUCAUUUGUUAUGUAGCUAUGUGACCAUCUUUUCUUAGGUCUGGCAUAAUUGUCUCAGUAUGGCUUAGGCCAAUAGAGCUACAGCUUUUUUUCAUACUAUGUUAGGUGCUUAGUGUGCAGGUAGGGUGGAACUAUUGAAUUCCAAGUUUCAGUGGUGAUUGGGGUUUUGAGGGAAAGUCUGAGAAGUUAUAACAAUUGCAGAUCAACACAGGACCCAUUUGAGUGAUGAGACAAAUGUGGACAAGGGAUGGCUCUAUACUUCAGUCAGAGAACUGCCAGGGGAGAGUGGCAGAAAACCCAGCUCUGCCAAAGAAAUAGAUGUUAGAAACCUAAGAAAUGCUUCAGUUGGAAUACAAGGUAGUAAAGAUCAGAAUUAAUUACAAGUGAUGUUUUGAAGACUAGAGGAUGACCCGGGGCCUAUAAGACAUUGCAAAAAGAAUAGAAGUAUAAGGGAAGCCAGGAGAAGAUGAAAGUUAUUAAAUCUUAUUGGGCAAGAAGUAUAGGAAACUAUGCUUUAAAUAAUAAAAAUACAUGAUAAUAAGACUUAACUGGUAUCCCUUCCCAUGUUGAGACUGAACAGGAAAUAAUUAGGUUAGAAUUGGCAAAAUUAGGCUAGCUUAAUAAUAUGGGGGCUUUCUGUUAUCCACACCUAAUUUGGCAGAAUACCUCAUCAGGACAAGAUGUGGAGGUAAGGUUUUGGGGUUUUCCCCCUUGUUACAAGAGUUGGCUUAGAGAGUAACUUGUAGUAGUUACUGAAUACUUGUUUGGGAUUUAUUCAUGAGUGACCCAGGUUUUAGUAACUGUCUCAACACAUGUAGUUUGAUCUUUCUAGUUGGAGAAGGAAAGUCCCAAACAUCUAAUAUGAAAUUAUUAAUUUUUAGAAAAGGCGACAGCCAAAAUACCAUUUUCUAAUUAGAAAGUUAUGAUAACCCUAAAAACUUUUUAAACAUGCCAUCUUCAAAGCCCAGGAAAAAUGUGCUACAAGUUGAAAAAUACUAGGUACUUGAACAAAAAGCGCUACAUGGCUAACAAGUGAAUUAAAGAAGGCCUUUUGAAGGAGAAAAAAAGGAAUUUAUAUCUUUAUAUUCAUAUAUAUAGAGAUUGUACAAAUGAUCAUUUAAAAAUGGAGGUAAUCUGGUAUAAGCCUGGGAGUGGAAGUCAGAACCGAAGUUCCAGUCUCAGCUAUGCUAAGUAACUUCCUCUUUCUGAACUGCAGUUUAUAUAGAAUGAGGAAGGUAAGGUUACAUACAAGGUUCCAUCCAAGUCAAACAUUCUGUAAUUACAUAAAUUUUAAGUCUGAAGUAAAUGAAGAACAGAUAUAAAAUAAGCUUUAAAAAAGCAUUUAUUCUGCAUAUACUUUUUGCAGGAUUUAAAAACCAAUAAUGCGUGAAGUAAGCUAGAAAGUCAGUGGGAUCACAGUCUAAAAAGUUCUUCAGAGAAUGAAAAGGAAACAGAAGAGAGGUUUUCUAUUCCUGAAUCCUCUUGAAAUACGUGGGUCAAUUAUUGGAACAAAUAAAGGUGCAAGCAUGGGAUAUCCUAGACCAAUAUCAAAUUAAGUAUAAAUAAAUCAUAGUUUGAGUGGAAUCUGCUUAAGAAUCAAAGCGUUAUCAACAAAUUAAAAAUUAAGGAACAGUUAGGCCAAAUGUUCAACCGGUUAGAAAUAUUCACCAGAUCAGAGAACUAUGAGAUUAUCAGUGAUUCCUCUUCCUUGGGGCGACUUUGAACUCUAGACUGGUGAAUCUGGUGCCUAUCAAGCUGAUAGAAUCAAUUAUAAUGGAUAGUAGCAAUAACACAAAUAUAAUCCUGUGGACCUUUGGGGUGGAAUUGGAAGGGAAAGAAAUAACUAUACUAACAAUAGAAAAAAAUCAUGCCUCUGAAUCUGCUCAUAUUUGAAGGUGUAAAUUUUAGGCUUUCAUUGCCUUUGACAAAGGACAUCAGAAAGUUGAAAACUGAAUUGCUAUUGGUUUAGGAAAAAUGGCCAUGGAUAGGGAGUUUGCUUAGAGACAUAAACCAAAGCAUAAAGGAUAAUGGUAAUUUCUGUGGAUGAGAUACAGGAUCUCUAGAAGCUGUCAUUUAACAUUUUUUUACAAAUGAAAUAUCAAGGUUUGUGGGUGUCACUCAGCUUUUCCGGAUAGUGAAAUACCAAGCCUGUGGGGAUAUGCUUCAGGAAGACCUCAUGAAGUCAAAGUGGGAAGAAAGAAGAUAGAUGAAUAUCAGUGAGAGCAAAUGUCAAUAAUGUACAUUAUUUAAAUCAUACUUUAAAAGAUGAGCUAUAACAUCUAAGACCAACCUGAAAAUCAUUACCUCUUAAGGACAAUGUUGCUAUGGCAUGAAAAGUCAAAAAAGUAGAAGCAAACUUCAUAGGAAGGAAUUGAAAACAAAAUGAAAAAUAUUCAGACCAUGUCUCACUUGUAUAUGGAACUUUGUUACAUGAUUUGAUUUGCUUAGGAAGGACAAAGCCAGAGAUCGAUCAGCAAGAGGGCAGCAAGAAUGAAGCAAUCAAUGAUGGGAGUUUUUGAGGACAGACAAAAAAAUGCAAACCAAAUUUGGGUCUCCUAGUCAAAAAAGUCUUUAAGUGUGGAUAUAGUCAAAAUCUAUAAAAUUGUGGGAAGAAUUACUAAAGGAAAAGGUGUCAUUUUUCAUCAUUUUGAAAUACUAGAACUAGAAAGUAUCCUUUCGAAGAUAGAGGUAAUUUUAGGAAAGCUUAAGUAAUUCUUGGUAGUGGGUAGCAAACUUUGGAAUGUGAUGAUAAGGUGGCUUGGAGGUUCAAGGAUUUACAUAAAUUUACGAAAGGUUGACCCAUAAGAGGUUGUUAACAGAAAAGCUAGGGGUAAGACAUGUGCCUAUCCUAGCCAUGUUUUCUCACAAUAGCCUUUGGUGUUGCUCUCAGACAAAAUACUGGGCUGGAUUGAUCACUGAUCUGAUAAAGGAUGGUAUGCUUCAUAUAAUUGAUGGAGAAGUGAGUGUUCUGGACAAUUUAGCCUGUUGCAUUCUUCACUCCUCAUGGUACGUGCUUUAUAGUUCCCCCAUAAUGAGUGUUUGAAAUUAUAUCCAAUCUGAAGCUCACUUGCUCUAUGUGUGUGGGUAUGUGAUAUGGCAUUUUCAGAGUAGUCCCUCUUGCAAAUUAGUUGCACUUGUCUAAGCUUUUACCAGUAUGUCCAGGCUAAAUAAGGAAUGGAUUUAUAUAAGGGAACUGGCCCCUAAGUUGCUGCUCUGUGCCCUUGUCUAUAUUUGGCUUCAUUGUUUAGCUACAUGUGUGCUUAAUGAAAACAUAACGGUUCAGUUUUCUUAAUCCUGCAAUCUACAUUCUCAUAUGAGGGGAAAUGUGAACUCUGAUUUGUCCACAAAACUAAAUUAGCACCACUGUGAAUGGACAGUUCUUUCUACCCAACUCUAGUUUCCUAUCCCAGAGAUGAAUUAAAAUCGAGUGAGUUUCUUUGUCCCUUUUCCUACUGCUCAGUGGAUAAUAGCUAAACGUAACUUUGCCACAAAAAUUAUCCUUGAAAAACAGACUGGCUUAAUGAGCUAGAUCUCCUUCCAGAGGAUACCUUUGGGAGUUUGUAACCUGUAGGCUGAACCCAAGUGCCAUGUUUGGAGAGGAGGGAGGGGUGUUCUUUAUAGCAGGAUCAUAUGGUGUUGACUCCAAUGUGGGUUUACCCAGGAGAAGCCAGGUGUUUUACACUAGGAAGAAUUGGGAAUCACUUUUGGAAGACUUUUUCUAUGGACCACGAAGAUUAUGGAGGAAAAGAUUUUUUUGCUAAGGACAUAAUCUAGUUUUGUAAACCUCAACUGCGGAUCUUCAGAAUGAUAGAGUGAACUUGCAGGUUAAAGGGAUCCAUUGGUGAAGUGACAACACUUCUUUUUUUAACUGCUUUUAGUCCAAAUCUAAAAAUGUCAUCUUUUGUCAAAAAGGUUCAAUCCGUUCCCUGCCUCACGCUUGUAAGCAUGUCAAAAACAAUCCACAGUAAAUGCCAUAAAUAUGAACUCCAAGGGAAAAUGGUACAAUCCUAGUGAAUAAGAAUUGGAAUCAAAAGGUUUUGCUGUCCUUAUUAGAAUGUUCUAAAAAUGUCAAGGCAGUUGCUUGUGUCUAACUGUGAACAAAUAAAAAUUUAUUGUUUUGCACUA